GCUCUCUCUUUCUUUCUUCCUUCUCCAAAAAAAAAAGCCCACUGCCUUAGUAUCUCCGAAGUCCUCUACUUUCCCACCGUUUCCUUCUCAUUUUCCUUAAUGGGUGCCCUUAAAUCCCUCUCUAAGCAAUUGGGUUUGCGUUAGAAUCUUGCAGUCUCUGAAAAGGCUGCGCCUUUUUGUUUGUCUAUUGCUUUUUUCACAGUUAUGGCUCUCAAGUUUGGUUCUUCGUUUUCAUGCUUGGCUCCUUCUCUUGCUCCCCAUUCCCAAUUGAGAAGAGGUUCUCAGUUGAGCUUAUUACAAGCACAGUAUGGCAACCAACAAAGUAGUGCUCAGCAACUACGAUAUGCUAAAGGCAGGUCAUGCACAUUCCUAAAUAAAGUACUUAAGUCAAGCAAAAGGAUCCCAAAGAGUCAGAGUGUACUCUUUGCUGUUUCUGAAGAUCAGUCACAAAACAGUGAGACAAUACCAGAAAUUUUGGAUCAAGAAAAUGACAAUCCUGAUGGUGAUAUAUCUCCUGCUAGCAAUUCAUAUGUCCUUUUUGAUGGUACUGGUGGGAAACCAGGUUUAAUCUCAUUUUAUAACCAUCCGUAUAAAAGAGAAGAUGAUGUUUCUAUAAAUACUCCUGAGAGGAAGAAUAGCAACCUUCUAUGGCUCGUUGGUCCUGGCGUUCUUGUAGCUUCUUUCAUCUUCCCCUCACUUUAUCUGCGCAAAUUAAUUUUGACUAUAUUUGAGGAUUCUUUGUUGACAGACUUCCUCAUCUUGUUCUUCACGGAAGCUCUCUUCUACUGUGGUGUUGCGGUGUUUCUUCUUCUGAUUGACAAGUUAAGGAGGCCAGCUGAACUGGAAUCGGCUGCAUACAGUAACAGAACCCUGGUCCCUCAGUUAGGGCAGCGAAUCUUAUCUGUUACUGCCUUGGCACUUAGUCUUAUAAUUCCUAUGGUCACUAUGGGCUAUGUCUGGCCAUGGACUGGCCCUGCAGCAUCUGCUACUCUUGCUCCGUAUCUGGUUGGUAUAGUCGUCCAAUUUGCAUUUGAACAGUAUGCAAGAUAUAAGAAGUCACCUUCAUGGCCUGCUAUCCCAGUCAUCUUUCAAGUUUAUAGAUUGCAUCAACUGAACAGAGCAGCACAACUGGUGACUGCUCUGUCGUUUACAGUCAAAGGAGCUGAGAUGACCUCACAGAACAUGGCAAUAAAUAGCUCGUUGGGUACACUGUUGAAUGUCCUUCAAUGUCUCGGAGUUAUCUGCAUCUGGUCUCUCUCAAGUUUUCUUAUGAAGUAUUUCUCUUCUAGCGCCACUACUGCAUAGUGCGAACAUCAAUAUCAUGUGAGGAUCGUGGAAUUCAUAAAUGCAGCUAUUGGUCUCAUUCUGGAAAAUUAAUGGCUCCAACAUCCGUUCUUGUGGUUUAGUUCUGCUCCAUCGGUAUUGGACAGAAAAUGGGAAAUGAAGAAUUUGACUGGUCUCAAGCAAAACUAAAAGAUGAUAGGUGAGAUUUUCUACACAA